AUGAACUUAGGAAUAUAAUAGUGUUAAAAGAUAGAUCAUCUUAAAAAUCCCAUUAUAGGAAUAUGUACAGACAGAGUUUGCUAAAGCUAAAGGCUUUACUGCUUUUUAUGUAUUGAAAACCAUAGAGACCAUCUAAAUAGUUUAAUUCAAUAUGAUUGGCUUCGAAAUUAGAUGGUCUCAAGUAUUUAAAUUAUAAAGGAAAUCUCAUUUAACAUAUAGGAAUGUCAUUAAGUUAUACAUAUAUUAAACAGCUUUAUUAAGUCUGCUGAAGACUGCAUCUUGAAUAAUUUAUAGGAAUUUCAAAUUGAAAAUUUGGAUUAAUAGAUUAGUUAAUUUAGAAAAUUAGGAUAAGCUUAGGAAACUUUAUUACCUUAAUUAAGUGAGUUGAUAAAAUUAUUAAGGUUGAUGGGAAAAGAAUGGGAAAACUUAGAGAAAAGACAUAGUAUAGAAAAUGAUUUUGGAGUAUAAAAUAAAAUAUAACAAACUAAAUUGAUUUAGAAAUAAUAUUGUGAUUAGAAAGAAUCAAUUUAAUCUUUAAUAAAUAAGCAUAAUUAAUUAUUAGUAAGAUUUGAAGAGAAUUAUUAAUGUAGAUAUGUUGAUAUCCAGCAAUAUGGAAAAAUUGUGUAAGGUCAAGGUUUAUUUUUUGGAAAUUAAAUGAUUCCUAAGAUUGGGAUAACAAAAUUUACAUUAAAAAUAUGGGAUGUUAAGGCUUUUGUUAAUAUUGGUGUGGGUGAUAAAGAUACGAUUGUUAGAACCAAUUACGCUCCUAAUUUAAAAUUUAUUGGACAUGGGUAAAUAAAAUAUCUAACUUAGAGCAUACUUAAUAAGUAAUUAAGGUUACAAUUAUACUCAUUUAUCCAAAACCUAAAAUGAUGUUUAGCAAUCAUUCAUUUUUAAUAAAUAUGAUGUUAUAUUAAUAGAAAUCAACAUGAAUCUCAAAGCAAUAUUUUGGACUAAAAAGUCAACUCUUUAAUAAUUUGUAAAUUUAUGUAUUUUACAUUAUUAGUAAUUAGAAAUAAAUAAUGAAUAAGAUUUAUAUCCUCUGAUUAUAUUACACGGCAAAGUUGAAGUUUUAGAUAACUUUUGA